ACAGUUGCACGGACGUUGAUUUCACAACUUUCUUUUCUGCGAUUGUGCCACUUUCCGCACGUUUUUACCGGUUUUGGUGCAGCCAGUGAACUCGCGAAGUAGUGUAUUGGUUCUCCCACUGCUAGUCUCAAGUGAAAGUGCAAUCUACCUCGUCUUUCCUGGUUUGUGGUGGUCCAAUGGCCUCAAAUUUUCGUCGGUAUUCCUUCUGUUUGCACUUCGAGGCUCCAUUCCACUCUUUCGUCGAAUGCCAAAACCCUCUCAUAUCUCCUUUAAUACAGUCAUCUCAGAUUUCUCAUUUUUCACAUAGUUAAUGAAACAUAUUUUCUUACAGUUGGAUGUUCAAAGCAAAUUCUUCUUGCGACCCAUAUCAUUGUAACUUGCAACAGUGCUCGGAGUGUCAAUUGAAGAGUUCAGCAUCAUGGAGUUAACUAUUUUGAAGCUUAUUUUCAUGCUCAUGACGUUCUUUAUAAUGUUUGUUGGAGGUCUAAUUAACUCGCUUGAGAAGCAUUUACCAGACUUCAUACUGCAGUCUUUCAAAUAUGGCAAAUUCGCUCAUCAUGUUUCUUCUCCGCUCGUGAAGCCCAUUGAAAUACCUAAAAGAUGGUUCCGGCACUUUUACGUAUUUGCAGCACUCUUUUCAUCCAUUGCCUUUGCUAUUUCAUUCAAUGUGUUUGUCUUUGCUCGUCCAAUCCCAUCCUGGCUGUCGUUCUUACUGGACUUCCUUGGUCCUAAUUCAAGAAAUGCCACCGUGACAGCAAGUUCAUCACUUCUGGCGCUUUUCCUUCUCACCAUGCAAUCUUGGAGACGAUUUUAUGAAACACACUAUAUUAGUGUCUUUUCUGACACGAACAUCAACCUAAGUCAUUAUCUUGUUGGUUACAUGCAUUACUUUGGAGCCAUCUGUGCAAUUCUCAUAGAAGCUCCAGGCUUUGCAACACCCUCAUUUGAUUACAGAGCAUCUUUGUCGCUGAGCGAUUUAUCUGUGGGUAGUAUUGCUGGUGCUUUAAUUUUCCUUUGGGCCUGGCAUCAUCAGUUUAAAGCUGCCAUCAUACUUAGCAAAUUAAGAAAAGAUAAAAAAGGUGCUGUUGUCAGUUACGAGCAUAAAAUGCCGAAAGGAGAUUUGUUUGAAGUUGUAUCCUCGCCUCACUUUUUCUGCGAAAUGGUGAUGUACUUAGCGCUAACCAUAAUUCUGUGGGGUCAUUGCACCUGGCCGUAUGUCUUCUUUUGGGUGCUUUGCAAUCAGCUGGAAACUGCUUUACUGAAUCACUGGUGGUACAAAUCAAAGUUUGAUGACUAUCCAAAACAGCGGAAAGCGUACAUCCCGUACAUCUUGUAGAUCUGAAGAUAUCUGCAGAUAUCGCUUCAAUGCAUAAGUCAUUUUUUUUGUGGUGCCUUAAUGAGUGGUCCCAACUUCGUUUAAUGUCAAAAGUGUUCCGUAAAAUACCGAGCACCCUCUGUACAAGUAAUGAUAAAUUUUCCUCUGAAGAUAAUUCUACAAGUAACGAUAACUUUUCAUUUGAAAAUAAUACUCUUUAUCAUUCCUAAAAAUAGGAGGUUUAACUGGAGAAAAGCUUAUUGAUUCUAAGGUAAUGUUGAAACCUAUCAAAUUUUGGGCGAUCUUUAACUUUUGUGCGUUCAAAAAGGAGUGAAACCAAAGAAAGCACCUUCAUUGGUGUCUCGAAACUCAAAGGAAGUCUCAGUUUCCAGUGAGGAGAAGUCAGUGAUAUCAAAAAUGAAGAAUUCAUAUGCAGUGAAAACACUUUUUGUUAAGAAAAUAACUGUGUCAGACUAUGAAUAAUCAUAGAAACUAAGAGGGUAAUUGCUGUCCCUUCAAUUAUUUAUGUUCAUUUGCAUUUAAUAUCUUUCUCAUUUUUUUCUUAGCUUUUAGCGCAUUUCAAAGCUAAGUAGUCACUUGUUGCGUCAUGAAAGUAUGGCUCAAUUCUCUGCAUUUUGUCGUGUUCCUAAAAAUUAUCAACCAAAUAUUGCAUUUUUAUUCUUUUUUCUAGUGAAUUUUUCAUUCUUUCAAUUCACCAAUUGUUAUUUUGAUUUUGAUCUUGAUUUUAUUUUCACUUUUUAUUCUUAAUUUCACAAUUUUUUUAUUUUAUUUUUUUUUUAAAUGUUAAUUUAAGUUUAAAUGUGAGAAGAGUUUUCUAUGUCUCACUUCAAUCUCGUAUACAAAGGAACAAAUAGGUUCAUAGACAUCAUUUCUUAGGUGUGUCAUGAUCCAGGCAUCAAACUCCCUUUAUUGUUGUGAACACUCAUACUUUCAAUUCAAUAAAUUGGACCUCACAUCGGAGAAGGAUGAAUUUCUAAUUGCUGAAAUUUUCCAUAGUAACUAGUUGAAGUAAUCUAGGUCCUCCAUAAUUUCAAUUGUGUACUAAAUCGUUGAUCGGUGCAUUUACUAUUACUGCUUUCUAGCACUGCAGCAAUAGAGUGUAAAUCUUUUAACUUGUGUUCCCAGGUCAUUUGUUUUAUUACCAUGCCAAACGUUUUAUCACUCAACGAAUUCGAUGUGUGUCUAAAUCCUCUGUGAUAAUCAUACAAUGUAUUUUUAGAUAAUUAA